AUGUAUCUUAACAAUUCGCUAUAUGCUCCGACGUAUCUCACGCUUCAACGUCAACUUCAAGAGAAUCCGCCUCCAUUUAGACUGAAAUCACAAGCCACGCGACCGAGCGGAAAGGGCAAGCAACACGAUGCGGAGUUUGAUCGCGAACUUGCCUGGGUACAACAAUCACUGAGCGGCACGAAAGACAAGGCUUCGCAACACACCGAGGAAGACGCCGAAGAAGACGAUGACGGAGAAUGUGAGGAUGGUAUUGAAUGUGGCUGUUGUUUUUCAACUUACGAAUUCGACAAAAUGAUCCAGUGUCCAGAUGCACAUCUCUUCUGCAAGAGCUGCAUGAGGUCCUACGCCAAGAAUCUGCUCGGCCAGCAUGACAUUAACAUUAAAUGCAUGGAUCAAAGCGGCUGCAAGCUCGUCUUUGCCGAUUCAGAACUGAAGCGCUUUCUAUCCGAGAAACUUCUUGAGCUGUACGAACGAAUCAAGCAGACCAAAGAAAUCGAAGCCGCAGGUCUGGAGGGACUCGAGGAAUGUCCAUUUUGUGAAUAUAAGGUUGUCAUUGACAACCCCGACGAAAAGCUAUUCCAGUGUGAACGUGAGGAAUGCGGUGCAUUAAGCUGCCGUGCUUGCAAGAAACUCGAUCAUCUUCCGAAGAGCUGCAAAGAGGCCGACGAAGACAGGGGUCUAGACGCAAGACACAAAGUUGAGGAAGCAAUGACUGAAGCCCUAAUGCGGAACUGUCCAAAAUGCAAGAAAGCAUUCAUCAAGGAAGAUGGAUGUAAUAAGAUGCGUUGCCCUACUUGUGGUACACUUAUUUGCUAUGCCUGUCGUCAAGUCAUAACAGGCUAUGAUCAUUUCGACCAUGUAUGUUUGAAUGGUUUUAGCAUUGUAUCUUUUCUAAUCGGUUUAAAUUAG